AUGCCUGCUACAGCCGCCUCAUAUUCAACUAUUCAAACCGUACAUUCCGAAUAUACCAAUCCGCCGAAGCCUCGAAACACGGAUAACAUUCGUCGGUACUGUGAGUCGCCGACAUGGACAGAACCGUAUUGUCUUAAGACGGGCGUGGAAGACCAAGGCGCACGGGAGAGGAGACUUGGCGAGGCGAUUCGGGGAGUCGAAGAGGUGUUGCGGGGGUAUGAUAUGGACUUUGUCGAGUCUGGAUAA